UCGUGCUGUGCCAUGAUGCAAAUGGGUAAAAAAAAAAACAGACCCAGCUUCUGGUAAUCAAAGUUAGCCAUGAGGAGGAGCUACAGAACUUCCAGCAGUAAGCAGCUGGCAUGGCGUCAGGGGGGCCCUCGGCGCCAGGGGCCACCCAUUUAGCCACCAAGGUGGAACUGACCAUCUCAUGCGAUAACCUGAUGGACAUGGAUGUCUUCUCCAAGUCUGACCCUCUGUGUGCCGUGUACAUCAACACGUCAGGCUCCGGGUGGUAUGAGUUUGGGCGCACGGAGAUGAUCCUGAACUGCCUGAAUCCAAGGUUUGCCAAGAAGUUUGUCAUCGACUACUUCUUCGAGAUGGUGCAGAGGAUGAAGUUCUGUGUCUAUGACAUCGACAACAACACCUACGACCUGGGCGAUGACGAUUUCCUAGGCGAACUUGAAUGCACUCUGGGUCAGAUUGUUUCAAACAGGCACAUGACUCGACAACUGUUGCUGAAAAACAAGAAUCCUGCAGGACACGGGACCAUCACUAUCUCUGCUGAAGAGAUAACAGACAACAGGGUGGUGAACUUUGAAGUUUCAGCCCGCAGGCUGGACAAAAAGUUUCUGUGGUGGUCCGAUCCUUUCAUGGAGCUCUUCAAGCGUACUGAGACCGGAUGGCAGCUGGCUCACAGGACAGAGGCUGUGAACAACAACCUAAACCCCACAUGGAGACCCUUCCGCAUCUCAGUGCGAGCUCUCUGUGGAGGAGAUGUGGAAAAUCCUAUAAAGGUGGACUGCUACGACCGCCGCGUCAACGGCUCUCACGCCCUGAUCGGGAGCUUUCAAGCCACGCUGUCGGAGAUGCUGCUGGGAACACACAUUUCCCCAGCGGAAUUUGAAUUCGUGAACCCAAACAAGUUGAAGAAGAAGAACUAUAAAAAUUCUGGAGUUAUUUGCAUAAAACACUGCAAGAUGGAGAAGGAGUACAGCUUUCUGGAUUAUAUAAUGGGAGGAUGUCAAAUCAACUUCACGAUUGCCGUUGACUUCACAGGCUCCAACGGGGAUCCAAGCUCUCCUCGCUCGCUCCAUUAUAUCAACCCCGAGGGCUAUAAUGAAUACCUGACGGCCAUCUGGGCAGUGGGUAAUGUUAUCCAAGACUAUGACAGUAAUAAGAUGUUUCCUGUGUUUGGUUUUGGAGCCAAAAUCCCUCCAUCUGGGCAGGUUUCCCACGAGUUUCCUGUCAAUUUCAAUCCAACAAAUCCGUUCUGCCCAGGCAUCGAGGGGGUGGUGCAGGCCUACCAGCAGUGUCUGCCUAAGCUGAAGCUCUGGGGCCCCACCAACUUCGCUCCCAUCAUCAACCACGUGGCCUGCUUCGCCAGACAAGCUCUCUGGCAGAAGACAGCCUCACAAUACUUUGUGCUGCUCAUCCUCACCGAUGGAGUGAUCACAGACAUGGACCAGACACGCGCUGCCAUCGUGGAGGCCUCCCGCCUGCCCAUGUCUAUCAUCAUCGUGGGCGUUGGCGAGGCAGAUUUCAGUGCGAUGGAAUUCCUUGACAGCGAUGACAAAUUGCUGAUUUCACCCACUGGAGACGUCGCCGCCAGAGACAUUGUGCAGUUUGUGCCUUUCAGACAGUUCCAUGGAAGCAGUGUGGCCCUUGCCCAGAGCGUCCUGGCAGAGCUUCCUGAUCAGCUGGCAUCGUUCUUCAAUUCCUACAAAUUAAAACCUCCAAACAUCUUCAGUGUGCCUGAGCCUUCAUAGGACGAUGGUCUGAUUCCUCCUACACACCUGUACCAUCUGUCUGGAUCCCUCUACAAUCCAUUUAUACAUUUGGUGUUUGAAAUGAUGCAACGCUGUGCACUGUUGGUGCAUGUUGUGGCAACAGCAACAGCACAAUAAAAAAAAAUACAGUGAAUCUCAGACCUCAGAGUGGACUAUGCAGAAACAUCUAAGAAGUUCUUCUGUGACUCAGCGAGCAAUCACAAUCGGCACAUGUUCAUAAGAGACUUUUUCCUUCCUGUUUCUGUGUUAAUGUUAAUUAUUUUUUUCUUAUUUUUCCUUUUCCAGCUAUAUAACCUUAUUCAGUCAUCUCUAUAGCCCUCUCCAGAUGCAUGUAUGAUCUUUGCAUGUUUAUGCAAUAGUUUUCUGUCACUAACCUGAUGAACAUGAAGAUGCUUUUCAGUGAAGCCGAUGCUAUGACUGUAAUCGUGGUAAAAACAUUAUUAUACAAGUGCUACUGAGACAGCGGUGCAUUUUUGUGUGGCAGGGACAUGUCACUGAUGUAUCUAAUAAUAAAUAGUUUAUGUGUGAAU